CGCCUCUCCGUCCGGCUAUGUGUCCCCGUCACUCUUCGGGUCCUGUCUAAUCUUCCCCUUCCUUUCUCCUAAAUAUAAAGUCUUAUCUCUCUCUGAUACGGAUAAAAGUUUCCCACAGCCGUAUUUGCACCCUUUUACAUCCCAAAACUCGAAGAGGAGUUAAUUCCACCGCUGACCCGUCGAUGAUUACGGUUAAUGAUUAGAGGUCAGCGAGGGCCAGCAGUUCCAUGUUCCUGGGUGUCAACAUCUCAGAGGCUCAGGAGAGGGGUCCAACAUGUGGAUGCAAUUACAAAGAAGGCAUGCUGGCAGCUAUAUUUCAUUCGGAGUUUGAGGAGAAGACUCUGGCAAAUUUCUACAGAUGUAUGGUGGGGAGCAUUCUGACGGGUUCCAUCACCGUCUGGAGUGGAGGAGCCAAUGCUCAGGGUUGGGGGAAAAAACUGCAGAGAUUUUCUUUCCCGGGCUGCACAUCCACGCGACUGGAAGUGGGGGAUGCUGUGCCAACAGGUGUGGGAUGUUCCUCUCCUUAAUCUUCGCGGUGCUGGGCGCAGCUGGCUCCAUCUACUGUCUGGUCCUGUCUACUUUGGGACUGAUCAAUGGACCAACCUGCCUGGACACGUCAGGCAACUGGAGCAGACCCUUCUAUUACAACUCCGAGCUGUCAGAGCUAAGCAAGGACAGUUACCUGUUUCAACCGGACAGUUGGAGUUUGUGUGUAGAACCGAAGAAUGUGGUUGUUUUCAAUGUGGCUCUCUUUGCUCUGCAAAUUGCCUUCAGUGCUCUGGAGUUCAUCCUAUGUACCAUCCAGGCCAUCAAUGGGUUCUUUGGCUGCCUCUGUGGAACGUGCAAUAAACGCAGGGCGAGGCCCGUGUGACAGGAUGGCAUUCGAGGGCAGCUGUGAGCUCGGAAAACGGGCAUGGGCAGCAUCCAGCACUGAAUUAAAGAAAUAUAAUUACGCCAUAAAUUCGGGAGGAAUCCCCUACAACAGAGGGGGCUACUUCGUAAUGCAUCGUUCAGUACACUCAAUACCCUGCUGAUAGAUAAUGCCAAUUGUUUAACGCUUGAUUGACCUGUCGCUUGUCAAUAAAGGAAACACACUGAUCUUAU